AUUGGUUUCAAUGUUUCGGCUCUUUAAACGGUUUCUCCACGUGUCGUCGAGAUAUUUUGUGAGUCGCAUCGAUGAUUAAUGAGGAUCCCAACUAAGCUGAGCAGCAAAUUGGCACAACUGAAUUUUUGCCGGGGGAAAAAAGAGCUCAUCUCCAAGCUGGGCUUUAAAGUCGCGACCAUGACCAUUGGCGCGUGUGGAACGUCGUCGGUCCUCUCGUUUGUGGGCCGCCUGGCCCGUCGCAAGGCCCUCUCGGACAGCGGCGAGGUGGAGGGCGAGGAGCAGCUGGCGCGAUGCCUCACUACGGUCGACCUGGUGGCGCUGGGCGUUGGUAGCACGCUGGGUGCCGGCGUCUACGUGCUGGCCGGCGCCGUGGCCCGCGAGGACUCUGGCCCAGCCAUCGUGCUCUCCUUUCUGGUGGCGGCGCUCGCGUCGGUGAUGGCCGGCAUGUGCUAUGCCGAGUUCGGCGCACGCGUGCCCAAGACGGGCUCGGCGUAUCUCUACAGCUACGUGACGGUGGGGGAGCUGCUCGCCUUCAUCACGGGGUGGAACCUCAUCCUCGCCUACGUCAUCGGCACGUCGAGCGUCGCGAGGGCAUGGAGCGCCACGUUUGACGGAAUGAUUGGCCGCCCGAUGAGCACCUUCUUCCAGACGAACGCGGGCAUCAAUCUGCCGGGCCUCGCCUCCUACCCAGAUGUCUUUGCUGCCUUCAUCAUCCUCCUCCUUGCAGGCUUGCUGUCGUUUGGUGUGAAGGAGUCUGCAUGGGUGAACAAGAUCUUCACGGUGGUGAACGUGCUGGUACUGUGCUUCGUGGUGGUGGCCGGUUUUGUGAAGGGCGACAUUCACAACUGGGCCAUCGUGCCCGAGGAGAUCACCAACAUCACCAACUCGCACAGUUGGAAUGUGUCAGCGCCCGCAGAGGCAAGGCUGGGUGUCGGGGGGUUCCUGCCGUUCGGCGUGACAGGGAUGCUCGCGGGCGCUGCCACCUGCUUCUACGCCUUCAUCGGCUUCGACUGCAUCGCCACCACCGGUGAGGAGGUGAAGAACCCUCAGCGGGCCAUCCCCGUUGGGAUCGUCGCAUCGCUGCUCAUCUGCUUCGUGGCCUACUUCGGCGUGUCGGCCGCCCUCACGCUCAUGAUGCCCUACUAUCUGCUGGACAAGGAGAGCCCUCUGCCAAUGGCCUUUGAGUACGUGGGCUGGGACCCCGCCAAGUACCCCGUCGCUGUGGGCUCCCUCUGCGCACUCUCCACCAGCCUCUUGGGCUCCAUGUUUCCCCUCCCGCGGAUUGUGUACGCGAUGGCUCGAGACGGCCUCAUCUUCCGGCACCUGGCCAAACUCAGCUCCCGGAAGUCUCCCGUCGUUGCCACGAUGGCGUCUGGCAUGCUGGCUGCGGUGAUGGCCCUGCUGUUGGACCUGAAGGACCUUGUGGAUAUGAUGUCCAUUGGAACCCUGCUCGCCUACUCAUUGGUGGCGGCCUGCGUGCUCAUACUUAGGUACAAGGAGGAUGAUUGUUAUCAGUCGGUGUCAGCCACAGCGGACAUGGAUGUCUACGGCGAGAAGACCAAAGAGCCUCACGGAAGAGGGAUAUGCGUGCCAAGCAAGGGACCCGGCUCUGCGACAUUCUGGUUGAAGUCCCUGGUCCUUCCGGAGUCACAGAUCCCCACGGCCACGUCCUCGCACAUCGUCAACAUCUGCGUCUUCAUCGUUGGACUUACGAUACUCCUGCUCAGCGUCGUGCUGGCCAAUUGGCCGCAAUCGUUGAUGGACAGACAGCCGCAGGUGGUGGCUCCCGUGGUGCUGCUCAUGGCCGUCCUUGCUGCCUGCACGGUGACCAUCUGGCGGCAGCCUCAGAGCCACACCAAGAUAUCGUUCAUGGUGCCGCUGCUUCCGGUGCUGCCAGUGCUCAGCGUCUUCGUCAACAUCUACCUCAUGAUGCAACUCGACGCCGGCACGUGGGCUCGUUUCUCUGUAUGGAUGCUCAUUGGCUUCAUCAUCUACUUCUCCUACGGCGUGCGGAACAGCUCCGAGGGCCAGAAGAGGGUCACGGUCAAGAUUCAGCCCCACAACGAGUCGCAGAUAUGCCUCGGCGCUGAGGACGGCAAGCGCGAGCCUGAGAGGGAAUCCUUCAUCAUUUAGAUUGGCACACCUCCACUUUCUCGAGCGACCCACCCCCCCCCACUUCCUUGGUGUGCGCGCAAAGUGCUGUGGAAAGAAAGCUUCAGGGGACAGCGCGGCCAUGAGCUGGUUGAGAAAUUAUGGAGGAAGGAUACAAGGAGUUUUGAUGCCAAGCAUCAGAAAUGAUUGUUCCAACUCAUUGACCUAGAAGGGGUGAUGACAUGGCUUUGCGAUAGCAUGCUUGUUGCAGAGGUUUUCGCAGUUAGAUUCCAGCAGGCCACCAUAGGGGCGCCACGGUGGCGAGAUGUUGACUACCUCACCUGGUAUGCAGGAGGUCGUUGGUUUCGUUCCUGACUGACACAUGUAUAUUUGGAGUUUGCAUGUUCUCCCCGUUUUCGCGUGGAUUUUUGUCUGGGUCCAUCGGUUCUUCCCACCACAUUUAGAAACAUGCGUUUAGAGUAUCUGGUUGCUAUACAUUUCCACGUAAUAAGCCACUUUGUUAAGCUAUCAUUUGUGGCCAGGUUACUUCUGAAAAAUAGCUGCAUAGCUCAGUGAGCCUUGCCUGGUGAAAUACAACAUAGUUUAAUGUUAGCACUGUGGUGUGUACUAACCAGAAAAUACAACGGUCAUUUUAAACCACAACAUACUACACUCUAUUAUGGAUACUACGCUGCUGUCUGUAUCACAUUGGGCGUCAGCAAUCACCGGACAUAAUUUGCAAGAGUAGGCCAUUGUGUGCCGGUGUCAUCGUCAUUCCCUGCUUUCAAUCCCUGCUUUCAAUCCCCCCCACCCGGCAUUCAAUUUUCCAUUAUGACACGUAUCACCACGUGUCAUGCAGGGCAAUUCCAAUCCGUGCCGCUGUUGCCCCAGGUGGCCAGGAGAUGGCAGUACAGCAAUGGAUGCUGGAAUCUGUGAAAAAGAGCUUUAUAGCUCAUCGGAUUCCUCCAGUAUAAAUAAAUAUUCUGAUUCUGACGUUGAACCUCUUUCACAUUGUACGUAGCCAACCGUGCUAAUCGGAGGUGCGUGCUUAAGAGUGUUACCAAACUUGCCAAAUUUGAAGAAUUACUUGCAAAUUACUCAAUGGGAAUUUCCAUGGCAGUCAUUGCCCUCUUCUGCGAAAAACAAAAAACAUUGCAGGAGCCUCCUGAUAAAGAGGCCUUCCUGGGUAAGCAAGUAUAAUAAUGAUACUAUCAAUCAAUUCAUAUAAAAUAGUUAUAUUGAUAUCAUUUGGUAUUAUUGGGGCUUUCGGUAAAGUCACGUAGAUAGGUUAAAUAAAAACUAAAAAUAGCAAAAAACUAUGACGUUUCGAUCGCAACACAAGCAAUCGUCAUUAGGAUAAAAAAUAACGGGAAAGCUACUGAGGCAGGCUGUUUUAAAGGUUUGAAAUGGGUGUAGCCCAAAGGUCAUAAGCGAAGUGGGCGGGGAUAGUGAUGUUAAAGUGAGAAAUUAGCAUGUAAAUAUAAGAUCGGAGAACUACCCCCACGAUGACGAAGCUGCGGAGGUGGCCAUUGUAUUGUGAGAGAAUAGAAUGUCAAUGUAAGAUCGCAGAGCCACCACCACAUCGAGGAAAACGAGCAACGGUGGCUGUGUUAGUGUGAGACAUUUAACCUGUUAAUGUAAAGACAUUUAACCUGUAAAUGUAAAACCAGAGAGUCGAAAAUAACUAACAUCGGAAGGUAGGAUGGAAACAUCACAGCCAGUUAUGACUUAAACUGGUUAAUAACGUCCUUUAAGUCAAGAUUUAAUAUCAUUUGGGUCUAUUUAUCUUCAUGUCCAGUUGCUGAGAGAUUUUAUGAUACACUGUAUGUGGCUUCAAAUCACUGCAUUGACUGUCAAACUGAGGGAAGUUUGUAAACAAGGAUGGAUCGUCUAUGAGCUCUGUUGCUGCCAUAAGGGACCUAUCAUCAACGCUGGACGAACAAGUAUUAAGGCAUAAGUUAAAUGUUCAAAAUACGUGUGGUAUUCAAGUCAUACAUUUUGUUGUAUGAUACUAUGCCAAGGCAGUCUAUGAUAUGAAUAUAUAGCAUACCUUGCAAAGGUCGCACAAUAUGCUUAAAAAUGUUUUUCAUAGAAAUAUUCGUUUAUUCCUGCGACCAAACCACCCGGAAUGUGUGGAAUCCAGCAGUAGAUUGACAAAAGGAAUACCGUGAAUGUACCUAUUAAGUAGUAUACAGGGACUUCUCUACUUACGAAAAUUCGACUUACGAACUUUCAGAGAUACGAACAAAUCUGUCCGUAUGUCCAGUUGCCUGUUCGGACUGAGAGUCGUAAGUUCAACCGCCGCGCAAUAGAUGGUGGUGGUGGCAUCUACAUCUGUAAAACGUGAAGAACCAGUGGCAUCUAUAUCUAUAUGAGAUUAUACAACUUUUAAAGUUAUUCCGCGUGUUUAGUGUACAUGCAGUACAACACGUUUGGAAUAGACAGGAGUAAAGUUGAACUUACGAACAAAUCGACUUACGAACAGAGCUCUGGAACCUAACUAGUUCGUAAGUAGAGAAGUCCCUGUAUGCAGAUCAAAUGUAAUCCUUCAUUGUCUGGUUAUGGCUUUACUGGAUGCACAGCAACAAUAAUAUCGCAGUAGUACUCCUUUACUUAACCUAGAGUGUUUUAAAUGGGGCCAAAAUAUAAAAUCCCAGGCUCUCAUCUCAAAUUAAACCAGAUGUAUAAGUUUUGGCCUUUUUUUCUCUUACAUAUCAUCGAUUGAACGUCGAUCAUCUACUAUGUUCAUGUCGACGUUAGUGGAUGAGCGAGCUGCCUAACAAAUAUCUGAAACGCUGCUGGCAAAUGAUCAAAGCGGGCAGUGGCGUUACGACGCGCCCCGUGGUUUUAGUUUGGUGAUCACAGUCACAGUCCGCGCUAUUGUGAAUUGUCAGUCGGUGAAGGAGGCAGUGAGUUUGAUGGUCUCGGCAGUUUAUCAGUGACUGCACAGACGUCGCAUUUGUAUGUUUGGAGGGCAUUAGCGUGUGGAGAAUUGUCUAGAAAUUGACACUUUUAAAUAUUGAAUUUCAAAAGUGUACAAAAAAAACCCAACAGGGUUCACUCACCAGGUGUAGGGGGUUAUAAAACAACACAGUAUGCAAAGAAAAUGGGCAUUAAGCAAAAGGCCUCUGUAAUUAUAAUCUUUUGUUGCCUGCAUUUUAAGCCAUUGGAAUGCUGCCAGCACUUUACGCAUUGUUACGUCUCCACUGUCACGAUAUUGCAAAGUAUUAAUCGCCAAAGUGCUUUGUUUUUACAUAUGUUUAGAUACACAGGCAAAAUGAUGCACAAAUGAUUUUGUUUAUGCACUUUGUAUUCGCCUUUUUAAGUACAGUUAGUGUCCUGUUCUUAUUUCAAUGUCCAGUACGUCCGAUAAUUGUGUGUCUGUAUGUAAUAUAUGUGUGCAAGUGUGAAGUAGUGAGUUAAGUUUGCAUUUCAUUAACCCUCAAUCCUUUAAUGACCACGUGAAUAUUCCCAACCGCCAUUUACAGCUGGUGCCUGAACCUAGCCUCAGCCUGUACUUCUGUUUAAUGCGGUAAUGCCCCCGGUCCUUAAAUGUGAGAAGAAUAUCGAAAACGAUGUAAAUCGUAAGCUAAUGUUGUUUCCCAAUCGCCAAAAUACUCUACGUAAAUACUGUAUCGUCCUCCGCAGCGCCGUGCGCAUUUAUUUAUGCACGAUACAAAGCCGUUUUGUGCGCAGGAGCAUGCGGGCGGGGGGAGGCGAAGGCUGAGGUGAUGGGAUAACCAGAAAGGACGGACGAUGUUGUCUGCCGCGCAAGUGUGUGUGGGUCGAGGGCGACGCAAAUGAAGUCGUGGUAUUAAUAAUAAUAAGGCGAUGACGUGUUUGCGAAACGACGAAAAGGGGGGGAAGACGCAAAUCAAAGUAUUACUCUAUGCACUGUGUGUACACAAUUAGAUGCUUAACAACCCUAACCUCAUUGGACUGCUUCUGAAUUAUAAACUCUUUUACAAAAUACCGAUUUAACUACCUCCCCCCCACCCCGUGAAAAUGGGCAAAAUUUUAAAUUGCGACGUUGACCCCUUUUUUCACCCACUGAAUGUCCAGCACAUUACUGUCGCGACACCAGCACCAAGAUUAGGCACGUGUGGUCUUUGAAUUUUAGGGGUGUCCUGUGGGGGGGGGGGGGGCGGUGGGAAACCCUCACAAAAUGUCCAUUGUCCACAAAGUAAUUCGUUUUUAAAUCCUUUAUAUUAAGUUCACUUGCUUGCUUGCUUGCGUCCUUACGACCAUGCAAAUCUUUCGGUCGUUUUUUAACCCACUUCCCAUGAUCCAAUCGAGCUGACAUUUUGCACACAGACUCGUUGUGCGUGACAAUUUAUUUUCGUGAAUUUUUUUUCCAAAAUGUUACACUUUUUAGGAUUUUUUAAAAAAAAUAUUUAAUUACCAAUUGCUUAAUAGUGGCAGGCAAUCAUCUGACCCAUAGGUGGCAGCCAUCUCAAGCCAGAGGACGAGAGGACUCUAGCCGCCACGCAUAUAAAGGAUUUAUAGUGAAAAACUUAGUUUUUACGGGUUAAUUUUUUGUUCUGAGCUGGCAGAUGAAGUGGCGUGGGCCGCUGGCAACGCGUUUGCUAGCUUGUCGCAGAGCUUCGUGGUUUCGAAUCCGGCAGGCCGUCCUGGUUAUUACUGCGUACCGCGCGUGUUAACCACGUGGCUACUUGUCUGCUUCGCAGUGGACGUUAAAUGUCCCAUGUUGCAAUUCGGAUUUGGCUGAGCAGAAGAAUUGCACGCGAAAGUACUCGAUUGGAAUAUAAAAAAGAGCACAGCAACAUUGCACCACACACGGUGUCUGUUAAUCUCGGGGCCUUUGUGUUGGCUUCUGCGCUGUAAGAUUGGCGCGGAUACCAGAUUUACCAAACGACGAUUACUGAUUGCGAUAAUAUUGUUCAUUAAAUGGAUUAACAAGCUGAAUGGUGACGCUAACAGCGCGCCCAUCCAUGGAGAGUUGAUGCAACGUGAUUUUUAAAGUGUUCCAUUGACGCUAGAAUUGGUUGUCACUGCUUAUAUACGUGGGUCAUCAACUUUGUUUCCAGGACACCCCUCGGUUGUAAAGGCACCACGAUGUCAAUUGCACAUUGAGUGUCAGAUUUUUCCGAAGCAAUAGCAACGCUCAUCUGACGGACGAUACGUAUCACCGUUCUGUAACGUCAGAUUUUUACUAUUUUGAUAAAGCUGUCUUGUCCCUCUGCUAUUGUGAUGUGUAUUGGCAGGGUAGCCCUUAACCCAAUGCGGAAUUAACGAAGUUUUAACUAUUUUUGGUUAUUCCAAUCAUGUAUUAUAAACAACUUAGUAUACAGUGAUAUAUGUAUUACGUACGUAAUAUAUAGUAAGUAUUAUAUACAUAUAUUAGAGUAUACAGAAUAUACAUACAUCUAUUGUAUUUUUAUUGUACAUUGAUCCACCUGUAAUACAUGCUAGCUUCAUGAA